AUGACUGAAGCACAAAGACCAUUCUCUUCAUUCCGUUUACUAUCAUUCGAUAUCUACGGGACCCUGAUCGAGUGGGAAAAGGGCAUUUUACAAGCCGCCUCACCAAUUCGAGAGCGUCUACUGGACUCCUCACCCUUGAAAAGGGAUGACAUCGCAUUUGGCGCGGUGUUCAACAAGCAUGAAGCCAGACUUCAAGCUGCCCAUCCGGGAAUGACAUACGACAAGAUCUUACGCAAUGCUUAUAUCGCGGUCGCAAAGGAGAUAUUGAUGCAUGGCGACAGUCUACCAGGAGAAGAUCACUUGCAAGCUGAAGGCGUGGCUUUUGCAGAAAGUAUCAAGAACUGGCCAGCGUUCCCAGAUACUGUCGAAGCAAUGCGGAAACUCAAACGGUUGGGAUUCAAAUUGGUACCCUUGUCGAACGUUGAUCACGGCUCCUUUGGAAAGACUCUUGCGGGACCAUUGGGUGGUCUCAAGGAACCCUUGACUCCGGGAUCAGAGCCCUUAGAUCCCUUUUUUGAUGCAGUGUAUACUGCGCAGGAUAUCGGGUCGUAUAAACCUGAUCUUAGGAAUUUUGAGUAUCUGAUAAGUCAUGUCAAGGCAGAAUUUGGCGUGGAGAAGCAUGAGAUAUUGCACGUUGCGCAGAGCUUGACGCAUGACCAUGUUGCUUGUAAACAGAUUGGAUUGACGAGUGUAUGGAUUGCUAGGGGGGAGAAUGGGAAGAGCGGAAUGGGAGGUGAUGCGCAAGAGUUGAUGGGCAAAGUGUCGUUUGCGUGGAAAUUUAAGAGUCUGAGGGAGUUUGCGGAUGCCGGCAACAUACUUUUGAUAUCCGAAGCAGCAGGACGAAAAGCCGAAAUGUCCGAUAAAUUUCACCGGGCCCUUUCGGCCAUUGACGAGGCACACUCUCAAGACCCGAAAGGGCCCGGACCAUACCGACUGGACAACCACAGAAACAAAAUCAAUCCCUUACGAACUUCACUAUGCCCAAAAAAUGACUCGUAUCUAGACUCUUACAACCCAUCUGCCUCAGAACUAUUACGUCUCGCAAUCCGUGCCCAACAUCUUCGACGCUGGGAAGUACCCCGCUCAUCGUAUCCGGCCACAAAAGCCGGGUACUUGAAUUGGCGCACUUUCCUAAAGAAUCGCCAGGCUGAUCAGGCGCGGCAAAUAUGUCUUGAUGCUGGAUAUUCGCCUGAAGAGGCUGGACGGGUCGCCUCGUUGGUCAGGAAGGAAGGUCUGAAACGGAGAGCGGUUGAGACUACUGCUAACACAACUGUUGAUAAAGGUGCUGAGUCUGAGGAAGACGAGACACAGAUCUUGGAAGAUGUGGCUUGUUUGGUGUUUCUGGAUGAUCAGUUUGCUGCUUUUGAGAAGGGGUUGGAUGAGGAGAAGAUACUGGGUAUUUUGCGGAAGACUUGGGCGAAGAUGUCGGAUAAGGGGCGUCGUAUGGCGCUCGAGAUUCAGAUGAGUGAUAGGUGUAGGGAGUUGGUACAGAAAGCGCUGAGCUCAUGA